AUGCUGCGGUCUGCGAUCCCCGGCCGAGCGAGGCCGCGCGCCGCCCGGCCGCGCCUGGCUUUCAGACGACCACCGCCGCGCUCCCAGCCCGGCGCCCUGGAGCCGCGCCGGCGGCCGGACGCCCGGCGCCCCUCGCUAGUCUCGCACACCCGGCCACCUCCUCCUCCGCAUUUUCCGCCUCCUCCUCCCCCGCCUCUUCCGUUUCUGGAGGGAAAGGCUGCAGCCUCCUUCUGGGCUCCGCAUCCCGGCUUAGGUAAUACGUUUUCCUCUUUACGCGCCCCUCGCCCCGGCGCCGCAACCUCCCUUCCUGCUCGGAUCUGGGGCUCCCGGCUGGGCGAACAGCACGCAGCCAUCGCCUCUCCGCACGGUAGCUGA